AGCAGCUGGCCGUCGGCGGUGGCGGCGGCGGGGCGGCCGGGCGGCGGCGCAGUGGCCGAGGCCAGCUGCGGCGAGGCAGCCUCAGGCGGCGCGCGAGCUGCUCUGGCGUUUCCUCCGGGGCCCGCUGGCAGCCGGCGGCGGCGCUGACGAGGACGACGAAGCCGAGGACGACAGGCGCAGCUCGUUCCAGGCCAUGGCGGCCACCGUGGAGCCGUGCCGCCGCCGGUGCGGGCCCGGUCCCGCCCGGCGGCGUCGUCGACGGCAGCGCCUCGUCCGGGAAGGUCGCCCAGAGGUCGGUGCGAUGGCGUCGUCCGCGCGCUAUAUUUAGUCGUCAGUCUCUUCGCGUGGGAGACUAUGACCCCGAGCGAAUGGCAGUCCUCGUGCGCGAUUGGGCUCGCUAGCUGCCGGCUCCGCGCCGAGUAUCUGGCUAGGCAGCUUUACUGCAAGCCUUUCACUUCCAUGGAUGACCAGCCCGCCGCGGUGGUGCGCUGUCCGCCGUGCCGUCAACAGUCGCAGUCGUCCACUUCUGUCAACGGCUCGACGGGAUCCUGGCCGCCGAGCACCGCGGCGCCGCAAGACGCGUCCAACUUCCUGGUACGUACGGGCCGCGCUCUGUACGACCGCCUUUUUUCGCUGCUCCAAGAUCAAGCCACCGACUGCGUCGUUCAAUACUGCGAGCAGGGCUCCAACGCUGAUGACCCGUCGCCAUCGUCUUCCGUCGAUGAAGCUGCGGAUGCACAGGCGUCUGAGAAAACAGUUCCGCCAGCUGCCGACUCGUGCGGGCAAGAAGAUCUUGUUGUCGUAGAGGAACCCCGAAGCGUGACUCCGCCUGAGCGCCUGCCUCAAAGUGCCGCCGUAGCUCCCGACACGGUGCUCUGCGUCCCUCGCGAGCUGGAGGUCAAGAGCGCCGGGAAUGUCAAGGGCGAUGCAGAGGAGGAGCCGCGCCGCUACCCAGCCGAGCGAGACGUGGUGCGCGCCGCGCUCGCACAUCGCCCCCUGGACGACGGCUUUCGCUUCCCCAUCGUGCAAGAGCUGGUGCGGCCUGGCGUGCUUGUGCACAACGAGAGCGACUCCUCAUGCGACCUCUCGGACGACGCCUUCCACGACGCCGCUGACGGGCUCGCCGAGGAAUUUCGCGACGGCAGCGGUUCCUCGGAGACCAGCAACGAGGAAAAGGCACUCGCGGCGCAGAACGCGUCUGGCAGGACUGCUGCUCCAGCCAACCCUACUACCACAGACGCUACAACCACCGACACAGCUACCGUCACCGCUGCGACCACUGACGUCGCGGCCACAAUCGCUUCUCCAGAUGCUGUUUCCUCGCCUCCCGCCAUUUCGUCAGUGGCCACUUCACCCGACGUGGGCUCCUUGUCGGUGAGCGGCAGUUCGACACAGGUGGCGUCUCCAAGCCGGCCUCGGUCGUCGCGCUUCGCGAAGCACCGAUUCACCGAGGCUCCCUCGCGUAAGGUGACGCCCAAAGCGCCCGAAGUGCCGGAGCAUCCGUCCGACGAGUCCUCGUCGUCUGAGACCAUGUCGCCCGUCGCAGACACCCAGAUGCCGCCGGCCACUCCACCUAAACGAGACUCGGUGGACAGCGACGAUGACGAGGCUGGCCGCGCCGUCCUGGUGCGCAGCACGUCGCUCAAGAGCGGCAAGAGUCCACCGGGUACGCCGUUCAAGAAGAAGAUCGUGCGCUUCGCCGACGCGCUAGGUCUCGACCUGGCUGCCGUGCGGACCAUCGUGUCCGAGGAGCUGCCCUUGGUACCGGCUUCCGCCUUCACGCAUCUCCAGCUGGCGCCGCUGGUGCGGUCGCCACCGCCGUGCACGCUAGAGCUAAAGGCACUGUUUUCGCAGCCCGGCGCCAGCCCAACGUUCAUGACCCGGCUGACGAGCCAACGCGUCUGCCUCGAGUCAGUCGUGUCGUCGGGCUGCGCGCUGCACGCCGUCAUCCGGGUGCUGAACGUGGCUUUCGAGAAGCUGGUGGUGCUGCGUUACUCGCUGGACAACUGGCGGUCCUUCUGCGACCUGCGUGCCGUCUACCUCCCGGGAUCGUCAGACGGCAUCUCGGACCGCUUCGGCGUCGACGUCUACCUCACGCCCCAAGGCGACGCGCAGCUGCAGAUGUGCGUGCGCUACGUGGUCGGAGACCAGGAGUACUGGGACAACAACGAAGGCGCCAACUACUGCUUCGAGUUCCGGGACUCCCCUAAAGACGAGCCCGAGGUGACGCCCCUGAUGAACUACCUCUGACCUGAGCGGAGGCCCUUCGGAGGACCCUAGUAUUUAUUCGUGCGCGCGCGUAGCUGUACAGGAACGAGUGUGUGUGGCCGGGGCUGAGUUCGUUCGCGCUGUGCGUCUCUACCGCGAAGCCACCAUAGGUUAGCAAUAAUAAAUGGACGUGUCAGACGAGCGCAGGAUCGGCUCGCGACUGGAUGUGCGAGGACUGUGGCCGACGUGUCCGCGCAGGUGCCACGCGGGAGAGCGCGGCCACCCCCGCGCCUUUCUAUUUAUUCUGUGCGGGCGCGCACACGCCAGUGGUGUAUAAGGAGCAGCGAGCCCUUACGAGUUUUUCAGCACGGAAGGAAUAUUUUCAGAAAUUUGGGUCGACAAAUGCCUUAAAAAUUAUUCCACCGAAUUUUGAACAGUCUGUUGUGGGUGUUAACGUUAGAGAAAUGAGGAAAAAAAAAUAAAUGCUUCCGGAAAGCAGAACAUACGCACGUGAAGAGUACUACUAUGUUGGAAAUUGAUGGUGCGCGAUCUUGAUUCACUUGCCUCGCGCGGUUGUUUACUCCUGCCGCGUCAGUUUUUCCAGUGUAUGGGACGAAAGCAAGUUGUAAACGUACGAUUCUUGAACCUUU